AUGCCUCGCGUGUGCUGGGGCGCUGAGCUCUCGGGGACGCGGUCGCGCUGCGCGGAAGCGGACGCCUCGACGCCCCACGAUGCGUCUCAAAUGUGCAGCCGCUGCCGAGUUGAGCUCGCCAUCCCGUACGACCGCGUCCGAACGCUGGACAAAGACACGGCCAACAAGCUGCGCAUGACCAAGACGAGCGGCGCGCCGCGCUAUGUCUCUCGCUUCGUCUGCCGCUACAAUGGGUGCGGCAAGGACUACGUGUCGAUGGACGGCGUGCGUGCCCACUGCAGGAAGGAUCACCCGGCCUGGCUGAACAGCCUUCCUGCCCGCAAGCCGUCCCUCUUCUGCGAGCAGAAGCAGGUCGAGAUCGAGAUUGCGACCUCCACCGCCGCCGACUCGAUGGCGCCGGUCCCAGACGAGUACUUGCACGAGGGCGAGGGCGGCGCACUCUUCGUCAAGUUCAAGCAGACGCCGACAGGGAUGCAGGCCGUCGCGGGUGGGAUCGCGCAGCAGCCGCCGGAGCAGCCGCCGCAGCCGUACACGGGCGCCUCGUACAUUGGCAUGCUACACGAGGCGCAGGAGACAUGGACGGGCAUCACAGGCCUACUCCGCCUGCGGGACACAACAUCCGAUGGGCGGACUGUGACUGUGCUCCUUAAGUAUUUUGGGCGCGAUUACAUGGCAUUAUUCUCGAUCUCGUGA